CCCUCAGCCGUGUUCCCGCCCUCAGCCGUGUUCCCGCCCUCGGCCUGGCGGCGCGUGCGCAGUGCGGAGCGGCCAUGAAUGAAAAGGAUGAAUAGAAUCAAACCUGGACAAAAGUCCGAGGGCCACUCCGUGACAUUUUCUCCCCUUGCAACAAGGAAUCAUUGAUAGCUACCCCUGGGGUGCAUGCGUGGGUGAGUGGCAAUGUCGCUCUGGGCCGGUCUCCCCUGCACUGUUGCCAAAGUCAGCCUGCUGCUCCUACUGCUUUCUGCUGUGUUUUUCCGGUCAAGCCUAAGCGAGAGAGUUCCCGAAUUUGCCCUUACAAAAAUAGAAGAGAGCGACAUAAAAGAUGACAGUGGGAAAGAGCCAAUAACAGAUGAUGACGCUGAUCCCGAGGACCUGGAAGUGUUUUACCCGACACGUCAGUGGCAAGCUGUCCGUCCAGGUCAAGCUGUUCCUGCAGGGUCACACGUUCGGUUAAAUCUGCAGACAGGAGAGAGAGAAGCCCGGCUUCCAGACAGUGAAAGUGGGAAAAGUGACACAAGAGAAGAGAGAAGAAGAAAAAGACUGAACAAGAUGGAUAUUGACACAAAUUCAUUCACAUCCCAGGAGCUCAAAAAGGCAUUGGCUAAAAUGAAGGAAAGUGAGAAGGCAGAAAGAAUGGCCCAGGAGGAAGAAGUAAGGAAGAAGUUCCGUCCCAUAGAGCAACUGAAGGAAGAGUUUGAAAAGCUGAACGUGAAGAUGGAGACGGAUUAUGAAAUCAUGGAUAAACUGAUCAGCAAAUUUAACAGCUCUGCUUCCACGCUGGAUGAAAAAGUAGCAGCGCUUUAUGAUCUUGAAUAUUAUGUUCACCAGGUGGACAACGCAAAGGAUUUCCUGUCCAUGGGCGGACUGCGGCUGGUGAUCGAGGGCCUGAACAGCACAGAGGCUGUCCUGAAGGAGCACGCUGCCUUUGUGCUGGGAGCUGCACUCUCCAGCAACCCCAAAGUCCAGAUAGAAGCGAUUGAAGGAGGAGCGCUGCAGAAGCUGCUGGUCAUUGUGGCUACGGAACAACCACAGGCUGUCAAGAAGAAGGCACUCUUCGCUCUCUCCUCACUGCUGAGGCACUUCCCCUAUGCCCAGCAGCAGUUCCUCAAGCUGGGUGGCCUCCAGGUGCUGCGUGGGCUCUUCAGACAACCAGGGACCUCAGCCCUGUGUGUCCGUGCUGUGACAUUGCUCUAUGACCUCUUCGUGGAGAAGAUGCUGCUGGAGGACUCUCAGCACAGCGACCAGGCAGAGGAGAAGGUGCAGCAGUACCGGCGGGUGCAGCUGGUGCCGGCAGUGCUGGAACAAGACUGGUGUGUGGCAGUGCCAGAGCUGCUGGCUUUGCCAGAGCACGACGCACGUGAGAAGGUACUGAAGGCAGUGGCUGUGCUGAUGGAGUUCUGCAGGGAGCGCUUCCGCGGGGACACGGCCCUCAGUGCCACGCUGGGGCUGCUGCGCAGUGAGUAUGAGGAGCUGGCAGCUGCCGAGCGCUUGGACGGCGAUGGCGAUGGGUACUUCCAGGAGCUGCUGGGCUCUGUGAACAGCAUCCUGCAGGAGCUGGGCUGAGGCUGGAGCUCAGAUAGGUCAGGAUAAUGGUGUGGUAUGUGGCGGACACCUGUGCUGUGUAAGUGCACUUUGAAUAAAUGUCUGAGCUAAGGGAGUACCCCCAGUGGGAAUGUGCCAACAGUUUGUUAUUGGAUGGAAGCGCUGGGCGUACGCAUCCUUAGCAUUGAGCAUCUCUGGAAAAUAGAGGUCUGUGCCCUGGAGGGAUGGGGCAAUUCCAGCUCACACUGCUGCUGUCCUCCAGACAAGGACCUGAUGCAGAUGCCCUCUGCGGCCCUGGGUCCACUCCUUCCAUCACAGGAGAGAGUGGGGUGGUGAAGUGUGCCUCACCCUGUGCAGAACCAUUUGCUGCCUGCCCGCGUUUCUCUUGCCCUGGGAGGUGGGCUGUAGAGAGUGGCAUGUAGGCCUUGGAUGAGGAAGAUGCAAACUCCCAAAUCCUGCUCGUGUGCUGUCCUGCUACAGGCACGUUGCAGUGUGGAGCCACUUCCUAGUGCAGGCUGUGACCACUCCUGGUUUCUGUGCUCCAUUCCUGGAUUGCUCUCUGGCAGCUGCAGGUAUUCCAGUCAGUGCCGCUCCUGCUGCAGGGCAGCAGUGUGACCUAGGGCUGGAGGUGCUGAUGUUACCAACACCAUUGCAGAAAAAAAAUUAAAACCAGUAAAGGAA